AUGGAGGCGGCGGCGGCGGCGGACCCCAGGCAGCUGCUGGCCACCUGCAAGCGGCGGCUGGCAGAGUUCCUGCAGGAGGUGGACGACACCGAUCUGGUGUGGCUGGAGGAGAUCCGCGCGGAAGCGAUCAGGAUGUUCAGCAGCCACUACCGCGACGAGCCGGAGCUGAUGCCCAAGACGCCAUCGCAGAAGCGCCGGCAGCGGAGGAAGCGUUGUGCCGUUCCGCGGAACGAAGAGAUGGAGCUGGGCAGGAAGAGAUUGUCCCAGGAGAGCAGCAGCAGCCUCAGACCCUCUACACGCUCUCAGUCCAGGAACAAAGAAAACCUGGAGCUCAGCAGGGCCGAGAUGUCUCCCCCUCGACGUGUGACAAGAUCCCAGACUGCAGCACUUGCCAAGAUCUCAGAGGUCCCUCAAAUAGUCCUUUCCAAGAGUCCUGCGCUGCAAGAGAGGAAGCCUCUCUCAGCAGAAGCCAACCUCAGCAACUGCAUUAGUGCUGAGCUGUGCCUCCAGGUGAAGUCCCCGGGGGGAAGACAGCAGCUCCGUGGCACCUUUGUCGUCAUGACCUCAGAUAAGGAUCCUCACGAGGAGGACCAGGUUGGCAGAGCCUCGGCUGUGCCUGCAGCCCCCAAGGCAGACCACGGUGGAGAGCCUGUGGGCACUCCUCAGCUGAACGCAGCCACCCCCCCCCCCUUCGAUGUGAGCACCGCGCCCGGGCUGGAGGCUGGCUCCGUUCAGGCAGCAGAGAGGGAUGAACAGGAGGCUCUGCAGCGCGCCCAGGACGUGCCAGGGACCCCCAAGGGUCUGAGACUGAGUCGCCGCUCCGUGCGCAGGAGCCUGCUGGGCAGAGCUCCCCCCGGCCGCGGCAGCUCCGCGGCGGCCAAGCGCUGCCGCAGCAGCCGCGGGGGGCGCAAGGUCUCCGCCUCCGCAGGCAGAGUGGCGACGCGGGCCCGGCCCCGGCCCUCAGCAGCCAGCUGCGCCGACGACUCCAGCUCUGAGGAGGUGCCAGAGAGCGAAGGGACAGUUGUCAAAGCUGGCCCGUGGAUGUCCCUGCGCUCUCGGACCCUCGGCAGGCAGGAGCAGCCCAGCAGCCAGGAAAGAAACUCAAACAAGAGUGGGAAGACUCAGGAGCCACCCCAGAGUGCCAGGAGAAAGCCAAGCUACAAGAGAGCUGUGGAUGAGUGCUAUGACCAGCAGCAGGCAGAGGAGGGGGGGCUCUCUCCUCCCAGAAAAAAGACUCCAUCCCCAACCUUCCCAGCCAGCAAAGUGGUGAGGCCAAUCAAGACCUUCCUCCACACUGUGCAGAAGAACCAGCUGCUGAUGACCCCCAGCUCCCUGGGUGGGAGCAUGGGGCUCAAGUCCUUCAUCAGGCACAACACUCCCCUGCAGACUGACCCCAGGGAGAGGGAGAGGCAGAAGCUGCAGGUCCUGAAGAAAAAGCAAGAAGCUGAUGAGCUGAGGAAACAGAGGCUGGAGGAGGAGAAGAAACGACGCCUGGAUGAAGCCAAGCUGCGGCGCGAGGAGCGGCAGCGCAGGGUGCAGGAGCGCCGCGAGAGGGCGCUGCAGCUGGAGCAGGACCGCAGGCGCCGCUUCGAGCUGAAGAUGGCACAGCUGGAGGAGAAGACCGAGAAGGUGCGGGAGGAGAGGUUGGCAGAGGAGAAGAUCAGGAAGAGAGCAGCAGCCAAGAAACUGGAGGAAGCAGAGGCCCGGCGCAGGCAGGAGGAGGAGGCCAGGACGCAGAGAGCGCUGCAGCAGCAGGAGGAGGAGGAGCGGCGGCACAGGGAGCUGCUGCAGAAGAGGAAGGAAGAGGAACAGGAACAGGCCAGGAGGAUCCUGCAGCAGAGGCAGGCAGAGCAGGAGAGGGAGAAGCAGCUGGCUGCACAGAGAGAGCUGGAAAGGAAGAAGGAACAGGAGAGGAUCCAGGCUGAAAAGCUCCGUGAGCAGCAGCAGAAGGCAGCUUGCCUGCAGAAGGAGGCUCAGGAGCGGCUCCAGAAGGACGAGCAGCAGAAGGAGGAGCACAAGAAGCUGCCAGAGGAGCAACAGCAUAAAGACAGAGCCCAGACACAGCACCCAGAGGAGCAAAAAGCUAAGGAUGGAGUCCAGGCAGAGCAGUCAGAAAACCCUGAGAACUCAGGUGCCUGCAACUCCUACCAGCUGACUCCCCAUGCCCAGAGGGAUCCAAAGCCCUUCAGCACGGACCCAAACAACUAUGGGCUGGACCUGAACAGCGACGACUCCACCGACGACGAGAGCCAACCUCGCAAGCCCAUCCCUGCCUGGGCCUCGGGGGAGCAGCUCAGCCAGGCUGUCACCAGGCAGUACUACAACCCCCCCAACGUGGAUGAGAUCUUUGGGGUGAUCCUGAGCCCCAGGCUGGAGGACAUCUUCGGCAAGAGCAAGCCCAGGUACUUCAAGCGCACCAGCUCGGCCGUCUGGAGCUCCCCUCCCUGCGGCCUCAAGCCUGCUCUGCCCCCCUCCUGCAGCCUCAAGAAGUGCUGA